AUUGAGCCUCACUCUUGGCAGAAGAGCUGACCCUUCAGUCCUCCCUCUUGCUGACAGUGGACUCAUUCAUCAGAACAGAGGUGUUCUGUGUGAGGAGGCUGCGGGGCUCAGUCCUUCCCAGUUGGUCUGGAGCUCACGGCCCCCGCUCCCCCCUCAGGCCGCAAGCUGCUAAUAAUGACCAUCGGUGCAGUGACCGCCUUGGCUAUCAGUGUCCUUGGAGUUCUGCUGGCCACCUACCUGGGGAGACUCCACUGCAGCCAGAGGGAGGGGUCCGGCUUCCUGCCCCCCCAGCUGAAUGUCCAGAAUGAGGCGUCUCUACUGCUGGCGUUCAGCGAGCUCAGCGACCAGGGCUCGGGGCCCGGAAUCACCUGUGACCUGAAGAAUCACCUGAUGGUCUACCAUGGGCAGCCUGAGGGCUGUGUGGCCCGGAGAAUGGACGCCGCUGCCAGCCUGCCCUCCUGCCAGGAGCUGGAGGACUACUUCCAGGAGGUGCUGAGGAACGUCACCCUGGGGCUCUCGCUGGACGUGCAGGUGGUGGGAGUGGGGUCUUUAGGAAGCUUGGUCACCCUGCUGUGUAACAACAAGCCGACCUACCUGCUGAGCCCCCGCCCAGCUUCCAGCAGAGGGCACACCAGCCGUGCUGCCUGACUACAGCCUGGAGCGGACGGAAACGCCCCCCUGGAA